GGGAUGAGUAAGAAGAGUGCGCAACUUGGAGACAUAACUGCACAGUCCGGAGGAGCGUGUGUGUGUCUGUUUGUGUUUGUGUGUCGGUUUGUGCGUUUUCAUGACCCAUCAUCCACGAGCUGCUGUCUGCGCGCAGCUCAAACCAGGAGAAACAUGGAUUUUAUGAAAAGACGCGCUCACGUCGCCAUCAUCGUUUUAAUCAUGAGCAGCGCCUGGCAAACUUUAUCUGACAGAAUCCACGAGGAGGAAAGUUUCACAGAUCUGUUCCUGAAUCGCCUGGAAGGUGACAACCAAAUUACCUCUUGUGAUUUUGAGUCGCCGUGCCCUUGGACUCACAGCGACUGGACGGUGGCGUCACCGCAGGAACUGAAGAUCAGGAAGGCUGGACUGACGCCUGCGAUGGAUCACUCUGUGGGKAGAGCUGACGGACACUUUCUCCUCCUCAGCUCCCCACCUGCUGGGAAGUGUGAGCAUGAAAUAACCAGUCCAGACAUGCCUGGAAGCAACAGGCGGUGCCUCUUACAGGUGGCUGUGUAUGAGGCCGGGCCACCGGCGGGAAACCUCACCGUCCAGAUCCAUCUCGCUCUGUCAAACAUAACUGUCCGCUCUGAGGUUUUGAGCCAUGCCAGACCAGAGGAACACAGGGGGAUGUGGGAGGUUCUCGAGGCUGUGAUUGGUCAGGUGGAUGAAUCCUUUAGGGUGACCCUCCAGUACACUUCCUGUGUGGGUGGCGGUGAAUUCGGUGUGGCCCUGGACUCUCUGGACUUCAUUGACUGUGAAUCAGAUGAUGAAGAUGAUGAUGAUGUUGGUGAUGCAGGCAACAUGAYCAUGGCUUGUGAAAACCUAUUCCACUGUGAAAACUCGGACAGCUGCAUUGAUCAGAGCCAAGUGUGUAACUUUCACACGGAUUGUCCCCUGGGUGAAGACGAAGGCUUUGUUUGUGACGCUCUUCCCUUCGGCUCGUACUGUUCGUUUGAGUCGGAUUCAUGCGGUUGGUCCGCGUCCAACCAGCACUCAGGCUGGAGGAGAGUCGCUGGAGCCGAGCUGCUGGAGAAAGACAACAUGCAGGGCGUCACUCUGCAGCACACACCAGGACACUUCCUGUUCCUGCAAGUGAAAGAGAGUGACUCUCCACAGGAGGCGUCCGUUCAGAGCUCCUCUUUCCCUCGUCCAGUUUCUACCACUGCCUGCCAGAUGAGUUUCUCUUUGUACAUACACGGCAGUUUUAACGGUUCUUUGCAAGUGGCCAUAGAGGAAAACGAGACCAACGCCGUCCUCCUGGUGUGGGAGAGYCACGGUCAGUGGACGGACGACUGGGAGGCCGUCGCUCUGGAGCUGAGAGGCUUUAAUCACGGGUUUCAUGUGAACGUGAAGGCAGCGUGGCCUCCAGGCUCCAGGGCCGAUCUCGCUCUCGACAACAUCGCCGUCGGAGCGGCCUGCUUCAGCUCAGAUCUCAACUCCCUGCUGCAAAUGGAUGAUUUGGACUUCAUGAACCCGCUCCCAGAACCUUCCAUCACAGAAGUCUCUCUGAUGACAUGGUGGUUUAACUCAUGUGGUGCCAGCGGCCCCCAGGGCCCGACCCAGGCCCAGUGUGACAGCACCUACAGGAACAAGAACGUCAGCGUCACUGUGAGGAAGGAAGGCCCUUUGAAAGGUGUCCAGACGUGGAAGGUGCCCGCUACCAACAGAUAUCUGGUCUCUGCAUACGGAGCUGCGGGGGGGAAAGGAGCCAAAAACCAUAAUAAACGCAACCACGGCGUGUUUAUAUCAGCCYUAUUUCCUCUGGAGAAAGGAGAAGAACUUUACAUCUUGGUGGGCCACCAGGGAGAAGAUGCUUGUCCUGGGAGGAAUCCCCUCACACAGAAGAUCUGCCUGGGGGAGUCGUCUGUGAUCGAGGACAGCCGCAGGUCUGAGACCGGUGCAGGGUGGGCAGGCGGAGGAGGCGGCGGUGGAGGAGCCACUUACGUCUWUAAGAUGGAUGGUGGCGAGCUGGUUCCWUUGCUGAUUGCAGCCGGUGGAGGAGGAAAUGCCUACAUGGAGGACUCAGAGUCCAGUUUGGACUCGAUGCCUCUGGAGCAGUUUGAAAACAGCACGGCAGCCGCUGGUACCAGUGGUCGAACUGGUGCUGCAGGUGGAGGUGGUGGAUGGAAGGACAAACCCAGCGAUCAUCAGAGCGCCGGCAGGUCUCUGGUGGAGGGGGCAGUGGGGGGGUCUUCGUGCUCUCUGGCUCUGGCGAAGCUCAGAUGGCCGACCUUUGGAGGUUUUGGAGGUGGAGGAGGUGCCUGCACGGCUGGGGGCGGCGGAGGAGGCUACAGGGGAGGUGAUGCAGCGCUGACGGAUGAGAUCACAGCAGACGGUCAGAACGGCGUUUCCUUCAUUCAUCCGAUGGGAGAAAUUUUCCUUCAGCCUCUGGCAGCCAUGGAGGGCCACGGCGAGUGUGAGAUCAAGGUGCAGCUGAACUGCAGCCACUGCCAGACGCAGAGCUGCAAACGGGACGAAGAGUCUCACCUCGUCCUCUGUCUGUGUGACGACGACGAGUUCCUGGCCGGUGACAACGUGACGUGUCUCAGCUCGGGAUGUGCGUUUCUCACAAAAGCUUUUUUUUUUUCUUCAAAGGUCAAGAAAAGCAACAUUUCUCACCUGCUAAAUGAUCGUCUCUGUUCGCCUACAGCCCCGCCCAACCCGGCCCCCCACAGUCAGCUGUCCACCUCCCUGAUCCUGGCCGUCGUGGUCUCCAUCAUCGCCAGCGGCGUGGCCCUGAUCUGUGCCGGCGUCGUCCUCACGUGGUACCGCAGCAAGAAUGACCUGCACGCCGUGAGGGGCCGUCUGCAGAGUCCAGAGUACAAGCUUAGCAAGAUCCGCUCCUCCACCAUCAUGACCGACUACAACCCCAACUACUGCUUCGCCGGCAAGGCCGCGUCGCUCAGCGACCUGAAGGAAGUUCCCCGCAAGAACAUCACCCUCCUCAGUGCUCUUGGCCACGGAGCGUUUGGUGAAGUCUACAAAGGACAAGUUUUGGGGAUGAGUGCUGAUGGAAGCUCCACGCAGGUGGCCAUAAAGACUCUUCCAGAAAUCUGCUCGGAACAAGACGAAAUGGAUUUCCUAAUGGAGGCGCUGAUUAUGAGCAAGUUCAGCCACGAGAACAUCGUCCGCUGCGUCGGCGUCAGCCUGAACAUCCUGCCUCGCUUCAUCUUACUGGAGCUGAUGACCGGAGGAGACAUGAAAACCUUCCUGAGACAGAACAGACCGAGAGCGGGCCAGACCUCCACGCUCACCAUGCUGGAGCUGCUGCAGAUGGCCCGAGACAUCGCCUGUGGCUGCAGAUACCUGGAGGAGAACCAGUUCAUCCACAGAGACAUUGCUGCCAGAAACUGCCUGCUGACCUGCUCCGGAGCAGACAGAGUGGCUAAGAUCGGGGACUUUGGCAUGGCUCGAGACAUUUACAGGGCCAGCUAUUACAGAAAAGGUGGUCGUGCCAUGCUGCCUGUGAAGUGGAUGCCCCCAGAGGCCUUCAUGGAGGGAAUCUUCACCUGUAAAACAGAUACAUGGUCGUUCGGGGUUCUGCUCUGGGAGAUCCUGUCUCUGGGCUACAUGCCGUAUCCCUGCAAAACCAACCAGGAGGUUCUGGAGUUCGUCACCAGCGGAGGCAGGAUGGACCCUCCUAAAAGCUGCCCGGGGCCCGUUUAUCGACUCAUGACUCAGUGCUGGCAGCACUGUCCUGAUCACAGACCCAACUUCUCCACCAUCCUGGAGAGAAUUAACUACUGCACUCAGGACCCUGAUGUGAUCUACACCCCCCUGCCUGUGGAAUACGGUCCCAACUCCGAGGAUGAUGGAGGCAUGGUGAUGCGUCCCGCCGCCCCCACCUCCCACAUCCUCAACCCCCUGCUGGUCUCACGCCCCGUCUGCCAGGACUCGCCAUCCCAGCUGGGUUUCUCUCCCAAAGUCUUCGGUCCUCCCGUCCUCCCGCCGCAGCCCACCAAACCCCGCCUCCUCCCGCAGAAYGCCCACCCGGUCCGCCACGAGGCCGCGUCGUGCUGCGAGCCGCUGGAGCCGUCCUGGGCCGAGAGCGUUCCCGCCCCGGGGAACUCCCUCCACCGACCCUGCUCCAGGACCAGCUCCUCCUCUGGGAGCCAGAGGCUGAAGAACAAGACCAAGAACCUGUGGAACCCAACGUACGGCUCGUGGGUCUUGGAGAGCUUCAGGGGGAAGAAAACGCUGGUCCACACUCAGUCCGUGCCGCUCUCAAGCCACGCCCCCACCUCCCAGYCGUGCAGCUCCGCCUCAGAGAGCGGCACCUACCUCAGCUCCGUCUCCUCUUCCCCGAAAACCCCCGGCGCCGCCUCAAAACCCGGGCUGAGCCUGGCGAAGCUCCAGAGUUUCCCCUGCGGGAACGUCAACUACGCUUACGACGAGCAGAGCUACGAGGCGGAGAGCCCGCCCACGGUCCCGCCCAGACCCUCCGAGGCCGUCGCCAACAGUAGCUCUGCGCCUCCGGGGCUUCAGGCGUCCGCCAUGCCCAAACCGCUGCUGAAGCGCCACGCCAGCUACGGACACGAGGACGUGAGGAGACACGCCAAGACCGAGAGACCCACGCGUGACCGAGACUCUGGCUUCUCCCUGUCUGAAGACCUGAGCGUCGCCCACAUCUGACCGGGACUCUGAAGGAAAACUGAUUACAGAACGCUGGAAACAAACCCCUCAGAUGGACACGCAGGAACCUAAAUCUACUUUGAUACAUUAACGCAACUUGUCGUCUGAACGUCCACUGUUUGGCAGCAGCUGUGAGAAACUCAGCGAUCCGAACACUUUUCUCCUUCUUUGUUGUGUGAAAGCUUUGGCAAUAAUGAGUUGAAGCAAAGUUAGUUUGUCUCGUCACGUUUCACCUUUUAAAACGAGCUUAGUUUACAGCAACACUGUGCGUUCUGCAUUUCAGUGUUUCUGUCAGGCUUUUCUUAAAACUCAAUAAUUCCUCCAGCUUCUUCUUCCUUGUUGCGUUUUCAUUGCAGCAAAAUGAUCAUUUCCCUCUGGAGAAGAAUGAGGCAGAUUAUACCAGAAAUAUAAUCUGAGCCUUAUUUUAAAUCAGGUUUUUAUUGAUGUUAAACAAGUCUUUAAAUAACAAGUGAAACGAUUAGUUUCCACCUGAAUACCAAAACCUGUAGCUCACCUGUAGCAUUGUUUCUCCAAGCUGCUAAUGCCAGGUUAAUUUAAUUUCUCAUCAAGGUCUUGCAUUAAUGACGGGAGAUUGAGGCUGCUGCGUGAAGUCUUCUCYGUGGGGUUCAGGUCUGGACUCUGYUGGAAAUGAUGUCUCCUGGUCUCUGAACCGGUCUUUCACAGUUCAGUAGYUUCAGGUCCGCAGACCUCAUAACAUUGCUGAACCCAGAACCACCUGCCCCACAGGCUGGAACAGAAGACACAAGAGGGUUUCUGUCUCUUCUUACCCUGAUGCUCCCACCACUCUGGACCAGGGUCAGUCUGGACUCAUGAGACCACGUGACUUUUUUUUUUUACAGUUCUUAACCAGAUUUUAAUUGUUUUGAUAAUCUUCAUUGAUGUUUCCUCUGCUUGAUGCCAAUUAUCUGUCUUCAUCUGUGUCUUUCAUCAUGGUGGAGAAGCUCCUCGAGUCGUUGCGUCUGUUAAAGGGUUGAACUGAAACAGCAGUUUUAUCCAGUGGGAGGGGCUUGUACCUGUUUGCUCAGUUUAAUCAGGUGGUAACCUUGMUUUUUUUUGUGGGUCAGUAUGCUUUAAUGUGAACCUAAUUAGCUUCCCGCCUGUAUAAUGUCAAACAGUAACUUCCUAAAAGAGACCAAACAUAUAUUUUAUGUUUCAUAAAAAGACUUUUUUUCAAACAGCUCUUUGUCCCUGAAAGUGUUGCAGCUGAAUCAGCCCAGAGUUCCCAAUUUAAUUAUUAUUUUUUAGAACACAAAAAGCUUGGCUUCAUAUUAAAGUGCAGUGCCUGAUCUGUCAC